AGUUCGGUGAGUUGCCACCUCCCCUGCCCGCCCGCCCCGCCUCUCACAGCUGCUGUUAUCAACCGGCCGGAUAGUAACACUCGCUCUCAGUCAUCACCCCGUCUUGGCCCUUGGCUGUCAGCGCCAAGGAACCGGCCACCUGCCGUCUCAUACUCAGACUCCUUAUAAUCGGAUUUCUUCCAACACGGGAAAGAUGCCGGAACGGAAAUAUGACCUUGUGGUUCUGGGAGCGACUGGAUAUACCGGCCAGUAUGUUGCCGAAGAAGUUGGUCGAAUUGCUGAGAAGCAGUCCAGCCUGACAUACGCCUUUGCUGGCAGGAACAAGGAGAAGCUUGAACACACAUUGGAGACUGCCCAGGCCAACACAGGCCUGGACCUUGCCAAGGCAGAGAUACUUGUGGUGGAUGUAAAUGAUGAAGAAAGUCUUAAAAAGAUGGCAGCUCAGGCCAAGGUGGUCAUUAACUGUGUGGGACCUUAUCGCUACUAUGGGCUGAAGGUGGUGAAGGCCUGUGUGGAGGAGGGAGCAAACCAUGUGGACAUCAGUGGAGAGCCCCAGUACUUGGAGCAGGCACAGCUGGAGUACUCUGAGGCAGCACAGAAGGCGGGUGUGCAUGUGGUGGGAUCAUGCGGCUUCGACUCCAUCCCAGCUGAUUUGGGCACCACUUUUUUGCAGCAGGUGUUUCCAGGAGAUGUGAACUCCGUGGAGGCUGUUGUUACUACGGAUGAUGAUUCAGAGGGUAAGGCCUCCAUCAACUUUACUACCAUGGAGUGUGCAGUGCUGGGACUCACUCACAGCAAGGAGUUAAAGGGACUAAGGAAGAAGCUUUUCACAACCCAACUCCCCAAGCCUUCCUUCAGGCCUGAGCCACGAGGGAAGCUCUUUUAUAGUGAUGAGGCAAAGCGGUGGUGUGUGCCCAACAUGGCGUCGGAUCGCUCUGUGGUGAUGAGGACUCAGAGGAUCCUGUAUGAGAAGGAACAGAUGAGACCUACCCAGUUCCAAGUUUACUUUGGCAUGACUCGCUUCAAUGCUAUAUUGUCCAUCCUCUUUGGCAUCUUGUUCUAUAUUCUCACUAUGAUUUCCUUCACCCGCAGUCUUUUGCUGAAGUAUCCUGAAUUCUUCACUGGAGGAGUGGUCACCCGCCAGGGACCCAAACGCUCUGAUCUGACAGGGUUGAAGUUUUUGGUUGUGCUGACAGGAAAGGGCUGGGACAAAAAGCUUGAGGAUCCUGCACAGCAACACACUGAUCCACCAAAUGUCACCAAGACUGUCAAGGUGAAGGGGCCUGACCCUGGCUACUUUGGCACUGCUAUCCUGGUCACACAGAGUGCCUUGACCAUCCUGGAGGAGAAAGACAAGCUGCCACAAGAGGGUGGUGUGUUCCCUCCAGGGGCAGCCUUCCUCAAGACCUCCCUGCGUCAGCGCUUGGAAGAGAAAGGCAUCCAUUUUACUGCUGAUGAGUAAUAAUAAUGUGGAGAUGUUAUAAAAGUCUUCCUUGGAGUGACCAUGUUUGUCACACUGCUACAGGGUGUACUUACAGUGUUGUAUUAUGGCAUUAUAUACUUUUCUGGGAAUAGCUUUGGCUUUUCACAUAUAUAUUAACUGUGCUGCCAAGUUCUGGUAGUGAUCAUAGUGAGUGCUAUGGCUGUGAAUUAUAUAACUAUUUCAUUGUUCUGUGUAUUUUUCUAUUAGAAGUUUUGAUGUAUCUAAGUAUAGGAUUAACUGAACAAAUAAUAAAUGAGAAGCAUUGAA